AUGGCUCAACCCAUUGUUGACCUCUCAGACAAUGUGCUCACAGCUCGGCUACCCAGUGGUGACUCGGUGACAGUCUACCUCUACGGAGCGACCGUUACCUCGUGGAAGACGUCCAAUGGUGCCGAGCAACUCUUCCUCUCCUCUGCCGCAGCACUGGAUGGCUCAAAACCCAUCCGCGGCGGUAUUCCACUUGUCUUUCCUGUCUUUGGGCCUCCCCCGAAAUCCCACGCCACUGGCCAGCUACCCCAACAUGGGUUUGCAAGGAACAGCUACUGGGAAUUUCUGGGGAAGAGCAGCAGCGAGUCCCUGGGGCGCAAGGCCGACGACAGUGUCAAACUCGACUUUGGGUUGAGUUCGUCGAUGCUCGACGAGGGCGUGCGGAAGAAGUGGCCUUUCGACUUUGGGUUGGUGUACAGCGUGACCCUGGGCAAAGGGAAGCUGGAGUGCCAAAUGCAUGUGCAGAACAAGGGUGAUCAAUCGUUUGAGUUCCAGGUUUUGUUCCACACCUACCUGGCUGUCAAGGAUAUCCACAAAACCGCGGUCCGCGGCCUCCAAUCCUCGCCUUACGUCGACAAGGUCCGCUCCGCCCAGACCUUUACCGAAGAAUCCUCCUCACUCUCCUUCACCGGCGAGACAGACCGCGUUUACACUCCUCCUAGCGAUGCGAAAGACAACACCCUCGUGCCCUUGACGGUGACGGAGAACGGCCAGGACACCUUUGUGGUCACGCGGGAUGCACUGCCGGACGUGACGGUGUGGAACGGGUGGGAAGACAAGAUCAAGGGCAUGGGUGACUUUGAACCCAAGGACGGGUGGAAGAGAUAUCUGUGCAUAGAACCGGGUACCGUGAGCUCUUGGACGAAGCUCGAGGCUGGUGAUGCGUGGGAGGGUGCCUGCUCGUUUGAGAGCAAACUCUGA